ACCCCCGAGGUGGAGUUGUCAAAGAUCGAAACCCGCGAGGAAAGAUUCAUCCCAGCCCUGCUGCUAUUUUUGGUGCAGUUUGAAAAUCGAUGUAGGAUAUUUAUUUCCUGUUCAUGUCGAGGUAAUUAGUCCCGCUUCCCGAACGAACCCGAUGUGAUCUUGGGGCUUUUGAUCUCCACACUGUCUUUUUUUUUCCCCCUCCUCUUGUCGGUGACUGGAUGAGGACCUAACAUAAGGUCGCGGGAGCUCACAUUAGCUCCUCCUGAGUGGACAGACCACGGAAUGACCGGCUCAUGUCAUCGCUGCUGAUCAGCUGGGUUUUCUUUGGGAUGCUUCAGAAUUUGCGGCCUGCUCCGGUCUCCAGUUACCGCAAUGCCACUGGCGAGAGGAGGGAGAGGUGGACGGCAGAAGACGAAGAGGAGAGAGCAGCAAAAAGCAAAUGAGUAUAUGAUGUGAAGACUGGGGAAAAAAACUAGCUCAGUUUGUGUGACUGUUAUAAUCAGAGAAGUAGGAGAAUGGUAUAGACUGUACUCUAUAAGCUAUAAUGGCCUGUGAACUGCACGGCGUGUAAGAGACACUGUAUUGACUCAAGCAACAUUAGUAUCAUGGCUGAAAUGUCAAAUGAGGCGAGUAAGGUGGCUGUGAGUGUGUAGCAGCUGCUCAUUUCUCAACUUUCUGCUGACAAAGUUCUUGGACUCACUGACUGGACUAUAGUGCACACACCAUGGAGCACUGCGCAGCACCUAUGGCACCUGCCAGUGGAGAGCUUGGUGCAUAAUUGUGACAGAGUGGAGCUCUGAAGCCAGCAUUUAUGUCUCUCCCUCUUCUACUCUCCUGUGCUUCUACCCACACAACCAAACUUUUUUUUACGAACCCAGAGUGAGUGUGAAACCUCUCCCGGCCUCCUCCGCUCACAGACGAGCCUAUCAUGCCUUCACCGUCAGACUCCAGCAGCGUGGCCUCUGCCUCGGGGUCUCGAGGCUGGUCAGACAGCCGCAGGGGCAUGUCGGGCCGGGGUCCUGGUGGUGCACGGCUGCUCCUGUACCUGGGGCUUUGCCACCUGGGCCUAGGGGCCAUGGUCCUGGCCUUCUCUUUCACCAGCAUGGCCUUCACCUCCUCAGCUCGCGUGAGGCAGUCCUGUCCAUUCUGGGCUGGCUUCUUUGUGGUGGCAUCAGGAAUAGUUGGGAUAAUCUCAUGGAGGAGACCUUUGACACUGGUGGUGUCACUGUUCAUGCUGCUAUCUGCAGUGUGUGUGAUCCUCAGUUUGGCCGGCUCAAUGCUCUCCUGUCAGAAUGCACAGAUGGUCAAAUCUAUGCUCACCUGCCAGGUGGAGAAUGGUCUGUGUGUGUGUUGCGUGCCCCCUCACACCUGCUCCAUCACAGAGGAGGAGAACCUGGUCCUCUACCUGAAUGCUGACUGCCACUCAGUCAGACAUCAGCUGAAGGACCUUUUGUUCAGUGCUUGUGGUCUCAGCAUUCUCUCCACCAUCAUCUGUACUUUGUCCACUGUUACCUGCAGUAUUCACAUUUUCUCCCUGGACCUUGUGCACCUGCUGGCCCCCCAUCGCUCUCGGUCAGUCAACCCAGAAUGCACCACUCCUCAGGAUGCCUUCCUGACCAACAUCAUGGACUUUGAGGAGUUUGUCCCACCCAUCCCUCCGCCUCCCUACUAUCCGCCUGAGUACACCUGCAGCUCUGAGACAGACGCUCAGAGCAUCACCUAUAAUGGCUCGAUGGAGAGCCCUGUUCCUCUGUACCCUACUGACUGCCCCCCUCCUUAUGAAGCUGUGAUGGGACAAAGAGCUGUCAGCCAGGCAACAAUGUUUGACCCCCACGGCACUGAGCUGUCUGGAGAGAGAGGAACUUCUACUGCCUUCAGUGGAGAAGUGUCCAUGGACAGUGGAUCUCUGUUGAUGUCAGAGAUUGUGGACAUCCCUGAUGAUUCCUCCCCAUCUGAGGACUCCUGUCUGAUGGAGGUUGGGCUAAGGCACCACGGGGAGAGGGGCAACAGGACAGCUGGUGAGGGGGGAGAUGGGGGAGAUGGAGGGGAGUACUUCAGCUUCCGUGGUCCUCAGUCUCAAACACCAGAGAGUCCUCUGGCAGGAGGACCGAGAGCCAGGCGCUUCCUCAGAGGAGAGAGGUCCAACUCCUGCUCUUCUCCCAGCACAGCCACCACCACAUACAGGUCUCCAGUCUUGCGUCGCCAGGCCAUGCUAGCUAGUAGCUGUUCCCAGCUUGAAGCGAUAGGGAGCUCCACUUCUCAACAGCGAUCCUCCAUCCCAGAGAUUCGCGUUCGCCCCUCCACUCCCUCACACCAAGGAACUGCUCCAACCUCCUCUGCUGCUCCAGCUUCAUCCUCCUCAGCUGCCAGUGAGCAGGGCGGUGGUCAGGGCGGUGGGCCGCCCCUUCCACAUCAGUCACUGUACCUUCGACGAACGGCAGGGAAGAGUGAGAAGGAUGGAGAGGGUGUAAGAGGGGAUAGUGAAGGGCUGCUACGCCUGGUAAGGUCACACAGUGAGCCGGGCCUCGGCUCCUCGACUGAUACAGUUGACUUUGUUUCUGGAGACAGCAAAGCUUCUAUAGAUACAGGUCCAUCGUCUGAGGCAUGUCUGUUGCCCCGCACGUCUUUGCCUCCUGCUGCAGCUUUGCCAAGGAAAGGCAGCAUGAAAUCAGCAGCCACGGGGGUGCAAGUCCCCGCCAAACCCCCACCCACAUCGCCGCUGCGUUUACCUAAAGACUGCCACCGUUCCCUCGGAGACCUUAAGGUGACUCGAGUUCUGGUGGCUCGUUUCCUGCAGCGCUCCAAACGCAACCUAGCUCCCUCAUCCGAGCAUGCUGGGAGCACAGGGCAGGGGCCUAAGAGGCGGAGUGGAGCUGAGGGUGCUGCCACCAACCACCUACCCCUGGAGCAAGUGUUGCGGACCCCAUGGGGCACCGGCCGAGGACAGCCCAACCAGCACACUCAUCAUCCUCCUCAUCAUCGUGGACACCACCACUCCCAUAGUGACAGUCGACACAACCGGCACUACAGCGGCCGAGCACCAGAGGGGAUCCACCUGCGCAGCUGUGGAGAUUUAAGCUCCUCCUCAACAGCAUCACUACGUCGAUUGGUGACGCCUUAUCCACCGCAUGGGUCAUCGGGAGCUCUCUACUCAGAGUCUGCACUGUGAGGAGGAGAAGAGGGUGAAGGAGGGAUUGGGGAGGAAAAUAGGAGGCAUACAAGAUGGCAGGGUUGCAGGGAAAAAAAGGAAGGUUGAUGAUGAGCAGGAUUUAUUCAAGUAAAAACAUCUAGUAUUGAUAUUUUGAAAGUCUUCCCUCCUUUUUCUCUUUGCCACUUCCUGUUUCCUGAAGCCAACUGUGCAAAUGGCCUUAUUCAGUGGUGCUCUUUAUCACUCAGAACAUCAACCCAGAGCUCACACUUAAUUCACUGGUCAACAUCAGUGAAACAGUCAUUUGAUGCUUAUUUCUGGCCAGCGUGGUCUUUCCUCCAACAGAACAAAUCCAUUAUCGGCUGAGAGCAACCUACCAGAAGCAUCUUUUCUGCUGUAAUCUCCACCUUCUCCCUCUCAAGAGUCAUCUGGAAACAUCUUUUCCUCAAGACUGGAGACAGAACUCAAUGAGCACUCCAUGCUACAACAACCACUUACUCACAUGUACAUUCGAUCUAUUACAUAAUAAUGGGUUGCAAUAUGCAUCUGGCCCUUUUGUACAUUGCUAUAUAUCCACAGGAUCGCUCAGGUGAAGUGAUCAUGGAAACCCUUAUUUUGUCUUCCAUUGAUAAAAAAAAAAAUGCAUCUCAAUAAACAUAUAGUUAGCUGAGUACAAUGUAAGAUAAACAGAUGAGGUUGCACAUGAGGACAAAUGCUCUCACAUUAAAACCCCUUGACUGAGUUGCUAAUUUUGCAAUGUUUUUUUGUUGUUGUUUUGUUUUGUUUUGUUUGUUUUUUUGCAAUUCAGAUUCCCACUUUUCCACACUUUCACAUCCCCACAUUAGCCUUCAAAGAAAGGCAGCCAGCAUUUCUAACACUGACAGUACUGCACGCCACAGACACACAUUCAGCUUUUGCAAUGUAUUCUCUGUGGGUGGCCCCUUGGACACGGUGGUUUGAUUUGCAUAUGUGCAUGUUUUGCUACAGCCUCCCGAGGACAGCAGGAACCUUAUGCAUUAGAUCCUGACCGUCUGUGUAACUAAGUAACAUGUCCUCAGAAUGUCUUUAUCUGCAUGUUUUGACAAUGCUUAUUACUUUUUCUCCUCUUGCACCCAAGACCUAUGAUAGUAGCGAUUGAAAUGUGUUUGUGUUAAUAGAUAGCUGAAGGGAAAGGUCAGAGUCAAAGAUGUGCAGUGUUUCCAAAGUUUACUGCCAGAUGGCCCCAAACAGGCCUCUGCAUCCUAAUUUGAUUUUGAUGGGGUUUGAAAAUGAUUCAAAUGCACAUGCAUAUCUAUGACACAGGCUAAAGCAGCCUGAUCCUGUAAGAUAAAGAGGUGUAAAUUGCACUAUGACUCUGAUGAAAUGAAGAGUCUCUUGCAAUAAAUGUACAGACAUUAUUUGUUACAAGGUCGUGCUUCACACUAUGUGUUGGCACGGUUCCCUUUGGACUUGCAAGGGGUUGUGUGUAGAUGGUUAAAUGGAGAAGAAGAAAAAUAGAAGCCACCUUGGGCUGCUGACACUCCAGUGACAAUGAACAUGUGAUGAGUCUGGCAGCUCUGGAUACUGGAUUUUCAAGUAUAUCAAUAUAAGCGUGUCAGAUUGGAGUUUUUAUCUUUGGAAAGUCUUUUUGGUGUGCUCACUAAGUGAUGAUAUUGACUCCAUAUCAGUAAAGGCACAUUUUGGAGACACUCAUAUGUAUGUAACUAAUUUUAAAAAUUUACACGCAUACACACUCAGCCUGCACACAGAUACAGGCACACUCAUACACACCCUUAUAAAGGCACUGAGCUGUGUUUCUACCUCCUGUCUUGCAUAAAACAUUAUUUAUUUGAAGAGAUGUAUAUCUGUAUGGCAGGCUUAACAGGAUAGAGCCUUGAAACCUGAAUAAUAAAUGUAUCUAAAUAUGACACCUAUUCCAGAUUUUAAAUGCAGUGUCAAUGACAAAACUUUCAAUGCAAGUUGUGUAUUUCAACAUACGAAAUA